UAGCUUUUUUCGUGCAGUCAUUCUGUGUUCUAUUUCCGAACUCAUCUCUUUCCACACUGAACGCACUCAUUUUAAACGUCAGCUGACCAAUCAACAAUCUGUCAAAAAAAAAACCAAAGUGCGGUGUAAAAUAAAAAUAAUUCGUCAUCACACAAAGCAAAAGCAACAAAAAUCUUUUGCUCCAGCAGAGAAAAAAAAAAGAAAAAAGUGUCUAUAAAAUUAAAAAAGAAGUUGUUGGAAUUUUCAUUCUUAUAUCAUCUUUAUUUUUCAUCUAAUUAAUUGUCUUUGUUUAAUUAAACAAUUGAAACACAAAUUUCAAUAAACCCCAAAACUUAAAAAUGUCGAAGUUAUUGGGCGUUCCAUUAAAAAAGCCAUCCGAAGUUGAUAUUGUAAAACCACUUGCUAAUUUAAUUCAAAGCACUUACAGUGGCCCUGGUUCAGACAAAGUUAACUAUACUGAAGCAGUUAAUGAAUUCUCAAAGCAAAGAAAUACAGCGAUUUGGAAAUUCUUUGAGAAAUAUGAAUCGUCAUUGGAGACUGUCUAUGCGUAUUAUGAUCAAAUAUGCGCAUUAGAAGCUAAAAUUCCGGUUAAUGAACUUCAGGUGCCAUUCAAAUGGAAGGACGCUUUUGAUAAGGGUUCAAUUUUUGGUGGAAAAAUUAGUUUAACCCUUACUUCUCUUCUUUAUGAGAAAGUAUGUGUUUUAUUCAACAUUGCUGCUCUACAAAGUAAUAUAGCUGCAGCACAAGCAUUCGACAAUGACGAUGGACUCAAGUUGGCGCUUAAAUUAUUCCAACAAAGUGCUGGCAUCUAUCAGCAUCUUAAAGGUGCUGUUCCAGCUGCAAUUCCAUCGGAACCAACACCUGAUCUAAGUCAGGAUACUUUGGCCGUUUUGAGUACCUUAAUGUUGGCACAAGCUCAAGAAGUUUUUGUCAAUAAAGCAAUAAAGGAUGAAAUGAAAGAUCAAAUCAUUGCUAAACUAUGUUGCCAAUGUGAAGAAUUCUAUGCUGAUGUAUUGCGUCUAAUGCAAAAAGAAUCUCUACGCAAUCUUUGGGACAAAGAAUGGGUCCCAUUGAUUGCUGGUAAACAAGCCGGUUUCCAUGCCAUGACAAAUCUCUAUCAGAGUUUAGUUUGCCGUGCUGCUAAGCGAAUCGGCGAAGAAAUUGCCCGUUUACGCAAUGCUGUUGAACUCUUUAAUUCAGCUCAAUCGCGUUCAGGAAAUCCCCAUUUCCUAGAUGAAUAUGCAAAUCGCGCAAAGCGCAACCUAGCCGAGUCAACAAAAGAUAAUGAGUUCAUUUACAAUGAGAUGAUUCCAGAUGUAAAAACCCUUGCCUCGCCAGGCAAAGCUCAACUGGCAAAGAUGCUGCCAGUAGCAUCUCCAAUGACGCCCAAAUUCAAAGAUAUAUUUGUUGAAUUGGUGCCAGUCGAAUUACAUCGUGCUCUACAUGCAUCCGAAGCACGCAAGAAUGAAAUUGUCAACACUGAAAUAAUGAAGUUGCGUGAGGCCACAACUGUCUUGAAUGGAGUUCUGUCCAGUUUGAAUCUUCCAGCUGCUGUCGAGACAGCUGAUUCUGGCUCAGGGUUACCACCAUCAUUGUUGGAGAAGUCAAAUGAUGUCAAUUCGAAGGGUGGUAUUGAAAGUUUAAAUACUUACUUGAGAGAAUUGCCCGAAUUAUUGACUAGAAAUCGUGAGAUUCUUGAUGCAACCGAAAAUAUGCUAGAUGAGGAACGUGAUUCGGAUAAUCAAUUGCGUGCUCAAUUCAAGGAACGUUGGUCUAGAAUUGCAUCGGAUAAACUAACUGAAAUGUUUAGGACUAAUGCAAAGAAGUACCGUGAAGUUAUUAAUAAUGCUGUGGAGGCUGAUAAAAUUGUUCGUCAAAAAUUCGAAAAGAAUGCUAAGGGAAUUCAAUUGCUCUCGAUGCCAGCUGAUCAGUUACAUCAGUCUAUACCUUCAUCUGGAUGCAGUGUUGAUCAGAAUUGUUCCAGUGUACAGAAAUUGAGGACUUUGAUGGAAGCUGUUGAAACAAUCAAAGCCGAACGCGAUGCCAUCGAAUCAGAUCUAAAAUCAGCAACUGUCAACAUGAAAGAUCAAUUCUUGCAAGCUCUCGCUCAAGACGGUGCCAUCGAUGAGCCUGCAUUGUCUGUCUCAAGUAUUGGUCAAGUACUUGGCCCACUCCAAUCUCAGGUUCAGGAAAGCAUUCAACGUCAAGCAACAUUGAUUACAGACAUUCAGGAAGCACACUCUGCUUUCACUGCCGAAAACGGCAGCACUGGCAAUUCUCGUGAUGCACUCUUCUCCGAAUUGGCCUUGGCUUAUGACAGCUUUAUCGAACUCCUUAGCAAUCUCAAGGAAGGCACAAAGUUCUACAAUGACUUGACUCAAUUGCUGGUUGUUUUCCAAAAUAAAAUCUCAGAUUUUUGUUUUGCUCGCAAGACCGAAAAGGAAGAAUUAUUGAAAGAUUUAACAACAGAAUCUAGUAGACAGGCGCCACCACCAACACCUCAGAUGCCAUCUCAUUAUGCAUCUACAAAUACAACUGAUUCUGCAGGUGGAUCUGCUCCUUCGUUGGCUGCAUCGACGGGUAACAUUCCAUACCCCCAACAAAUGCAAGGCAUGCCAAUGCCAUAUGGAGCAUCAGCAGGCGCUCCAUAUCCAGCCUAUGUUCCACCUCCAAUGCCUCAAGGUUUCAAUCCCUACGCCACCCUUCCUUAUCCAUCAAAUGCGUUCCAGUACUCUGGUUUCCCACAAGGACCACAACCUGGUCAUUAUGGAACUUAUCCUGGUAGUUUUGCCAAUCAACAGGGAGGUUAUCCAAAUCAAAAACCACCAGGCUGGUGAUUUCCCUUAAACCUUGGUGUUGGCUGAUUUGUAUCGUGUUUUUAUAUUUCUAUAAAAUUUAGUAUCUAAAACAAUAUUAAUUAUUAUGUAUCCCAAUUUUAAAUUCAGUUUAGUACCCAAAUUAUGUGUUGAAUUGGAAACAAAAAUGUUUCGCACGUUAUUUUUUUAAAAGAUUAUUCAAAAAAAAAAAGAAGAAAAAGCAUGCGACGCAACUAUUUAUCACUGUUAACAGAAAAAUUUAAUUAUUUAAUAAAGUGCUGGAAAGCAAUAAAACUAUGAUAAGAAAAAUAUAA